AUGGAGGAAACCAAGACUAGCGACAAAAGUUUCAAGACUGAUGAGCCAGUCAUUAUUAGCGACGCCCAAGAGGGUGAAAAGCCCGAGGCUUCACCAGUCAACACACAGCAACGCGAAGAUGGUACCGAGUACCCUUCAGGUCUCAAUUUAUUCUUGAUUAUCUUAGCCCUAUGCUUGACUGUAUUCCUAAUGGCGCUUGACAAUUCUGUUAUUGCGACCGCCAUCCCCAAGAUUACGGACCAAUUCAACAGCCUGAACGAUGUAGGUUGGUACGGUAGUGCCUAUUUGCUGACGACGGCCUCAUUACAGCUACUGUUUGGCAAGUUUUACAGCUUCUUUAGCAUCAAAUGGGUCUUUCUAGCAUCGAUCUUCCUGUUCGAACUGGGAAGCCUGAUUUGCGGCGUAGCUCAGAACAGCCUGACUCUGAUCAUGGGCCGUGCGGUGGCAGGAAUGGGGUCAGCAGCAAUAUUUUCAGGUGCGCUGAUCAUCCUGGCGCACUCAGUGCCCCUGGAACGACGCCCAAUGUAUACCGGUUUUAUCGGCGGCAUGUAUGGUGUCGCUUCGGUGGCAGGCCCGCUGCUCGGCGGUGCCUUUACUGAUAAGGUCACCUGGCGUUGGUGCUUCUUCAUCAACCUGCCCAUCGGCGCCGUCACGAUGCUCGUGAUUGCAAUUUUCUUCCCCGAUCCGAAGCUAAACAUUGAAGACGAGCCUUGGUCUAAACGUUUCAGACGCUUUGAUCCUCUCGGUAAUCUCGUUUUCAUGCCUGCCAUCAUAUGCCUGUUGCUAGUCAUGCAGUGGGGUGGCACUACCUAUGCCUGGAAUAGCUGGCGUGUUAUCCUCCUCUUCUGCUUGUUCGGUGUGCUUCUCAUCAUCUUCCUGCUUGUACAGUACUGGCAGCAGGACUUUGCCACGGUGCCACCCCGUAUCUUCCUCAAACGUACCGUUUGGUCCGCCGCCAUCUUCACCUUUUGUAUCGGGGCCGCUUUUCUUAGCAGCGUCUACUAUUUGCCCAUUUGGUUCCAGGCUGUCAAGAGCGCCAGCGCCGUCAAUUCCGGCGUCAUGAAUUUGCCCUUGCUACUUAGCAGCGUGGUCGGCUCCAUCAUAUCAGGCGCCGCCGUUACCACUUUCGGCUACUACACCCCCUUCAUGCUGCUCGCCUCCGUAAUCACGCCUAUUAGCUACGGCUUAAUGACCACCUUCCGUCCCGACACUCUGCAUCCAGCAUGGAUCGGAUACCAGGUUAUAGCCGGAUUCGGAAUCGGAUUUGGCAUCCAACAACCAAUGAUCGCGGUACAGGUGGUACUCGACACUGCGGACAUUCCAAUCGGCACCUCACUCAUGGUAUUUAUGCAAGUUCUUGGUGGCGCCCUCUUCGUCUCAAUUGAUACGAACGUAUUCUCAAACAAGGUUGUCCAAUAUCUAGUGGAGUACGCUCCUGGAGUCAACCCGGAGGUUGUCUUGGGCGCCGGUGCAACUGGAAUCCAGAAAGUUGUUGACGCGGCGGACUUACCAGGAGUCUUGCUCGCAUACAAUGAUGCCAUUACGCAAACUUUCGUUGUCAUUGCUGCCGUGGCUAGCAUAAGUAUCAUUGGUGCCGUGAUUGUCGAGUGGAAAAGUGUCAAAGGCAAGAACCUUGGGAUGUAA